AUGGCGGCCUCCGCUCAGUCAAAGCCACUGGCCCACUCUGCCCAUGUUAAAGCAUCCAAAGACACUGGCCAAGCACAUUCAGCACAAGAUGACAGCCCAGCUGUACAAUUAAUGGCACCUUCCCCAAAAUGUGAACAGCGCCAAACUAGUAGGCAUGCCCGUCGCCCCCGCUCUGUGCACUACCAACCCUCCUCAGAGAGUGAGGAUGAUCAUGAUACUAGGGAAAGAAUCCCCACCCUCCGUCCUGGCCAGUAUGAUGGCACCACGCCAUGGACAGAGUUCAAGCACCGUUUUGAGAGCUGCGCCAAAGCAAAUCACUGGACUGAAAAGACAAAGGCCAUCCAGUUAAAGUUCUGUCUAGUGGGCGCCGCGGGGGCAAUUGUGCAUAAGAACCCCCGGUCCACUCAGUGGGGCUAUCGCCGCCUAGUGGAGGAAGUUGAGAAUGCGUAUGGCCCCUCAUCAGAGCAUGCAGCUGCUGUAGCUAUUGAAUUAAGACAACGCAUUCGCAAGCCUGGCGAAGCUCUCCAUUCUUUAAGGGACGAUAUAUAUGGCAAAGUGUCAGUGGCAUAUUGUGAUAGAACUGAGGAAGAGCAAGACACAAUAGGUGUUGAAGUAUUCACCCAUGCCAUAGGGGAUGCAGAGAUUGUGCAAAAGCUGCUAGAAAAGCGACCCCAGACCUUAGCUAAGGCCUAUGACAUUGCCCACCGCUAUGAAACCACUAAGCGAGCAGCAUCACAUGUCACCGCCCUUAUGCACUCAGGAGCCCGGGGCCCUCCCGAAAGAAAACCCUGUACCACCGCUAUGGUCAGAGAAAGAGUGGACGGCGGGGAGACUGAUAUCCUCACAGCCAUUCCAGGGGCCAACAGUAGGCCUGUUAGCCAUGAAUUUCAUCGAGCAGCCCCCCGUAAAACAUUUAAAAAUGCUAAAUGGGAGGAGAUUCGCUGCCACAACUGCUCAGGCAUCGGGCACAUUCAGAGACAUUGUCCCUCUCCCAGGAAAACGAACCGGCCAACUCACCAGUACACAAAUGCCUCCCGCGAGGGCUCCGAGCCUACUGUCCUCCAUUUCAAAACCCACGGCCAAGAGAUGAACAUCCAUUUGAUGAUGUAUGAGUUGGACGUCUGUGCUGUUCUGGACAGCGGGGCCCGGAGGAGUGUGCUUCCCUUGCACUGCUACAAUGCCAUUCACCCGGAAGUUAGACCUGCACUUCAGCCAUCCACGGUGAAGACGCUGUUGGGGGUUGGGCCAGGCGAUGUUCCAGUGACCGGGGAGGUUCAACUCCUUGUCCAGAUCAACAACCGGCAGGUGAGCGUGAACUUCCUGGUAGCCGACAUUGCUGGCGAAGAGGCCCUCCUGGGCCAUCCAUUCCUCACUCAAGCCCAGGCUCGCCUCGACUUUGGCACCAACCGCAUCAUCCUCUUUGGCGAGGAAGUGCCAUAUUUCAACACCGUGAGCCAGCCCAAGAUCCAGGCUGUAAGAGUCUCUCGGACGGUGGUGGUGGAGGCCGGAGUGGAGUAUGUCAUAAGAGGCAAAAUUCCUGUUAAACGGCGUGUGGAAGGGGAGGUGAUGCUCACCCCUACCAGGGGUUUCGUAGGGAGACACAAAGUGCUGGUUGCUCGUGUGCUGCUCCAAGCCCAACAUGCUAAAGGUGUGCCUCUCCGUGUAUUCAACCCGGGCAAUGCUCCUGUCACCAUCAGGAAGGGUGCUAUUGCUGGCAUCCUCCAGCCUGCGCACGCUCUACCACCCAGCGCCACCACGGCCAUGGCCGAACUGCCAGAGCACGGCGAUAUCCCCCUGCACCUGAGAGAACUUUACAACCAAAGUGCAGCUGAGCUUGACCAAGAACAGCAACCCCAGCUCGCCCAACUUUUGUGUAAGUACAGCACAGUGUUCUCCACAGGGCCCACUGACCUUGGCCGUACCAGCCUUGUACAACAUGACAUCAUGGUCCGGCCAGGUGCCGCGGUGAAGCAGCAGCCCCGUCGCAUGGCAUGGGAGAAGCAGCGGGAUGCUGACCAGCAGAUAGAACAAGGCCUGGAGGCCGGUGUGGCACGCCGUAGCAACAGCAGCUGGGCCUCACCCCUCGUGAUGGUACGUAAGAAGGAUGGAACUUACCGCCUCUGCGUCGACUACCGGGCACUGAACGACUGCACUAUUAAGGACGCCUACCCGCUGCCCCGGAUCCAGGACACCCUUGACACCCUCUCCACUGCCAAGUGGUUCAGCACGCUGGACCUCGCGUCUGGAUACUGGCAGGUUGAACUGACGCCACGAGCCCGUCGAGCUGCUGCUUUCUGCACCAGAAACGGCCUGUUUGAAUGGAAUGUCAUGCCGUUCGGGUUAUGCAACGCUCCGGCAACAUUUCAACGUUUAAUGGACCGGGUGUUAGCCGGCAUGCAGUGGGAGACGUGUCUCGUCUAUUUGGACGACAUAAUAGUGCUAGGCCGUAACGUGCCCGAGAUGUUGCACCGUCUCAGUCAAGUCUUCGAUAGGCUGCUACAAGCGAACUUGAAACUGAAGCCAGCGAAAUGUUGCCUCUUCCGACGACAGGUAGCUUACCUGGGGCAUGUAGUCUCCGAAGAAGGGGUGGCUUCGGACCCCGCCAAGGUACAGAAGGUACAGGAAUGGCCUACGCCCACUUCAGUUCAGGAAGUUCGCCAGUUCGUCGGGUUAGCAUCGUACUACCGAAGAUUUGUCCAGGAUUUCGCAACCGUGGCUGGACCCCUCCAUGCAUUGACCAAGAAAUAUGCUCGAUUCCAUUGGACUGCUGAAUGUCAACAAGCCUUCGACCAACUCAAGCGCCUACUGACCACCGCUCCGGUCUUGGGCUACCCGUUGGACCAAGGGAACAUGGUCCUGGAUACGGACGCGAGUGAUGUUGGCAUCGGUGCUGUUCUUUCUCAAGUACAGCUAGGCAGAGAGCGGGUGCUGGCCUACGGGAGUCGUCGUCUGUCCAAAACUGAGCAGAAUUAUUGCACCACCCGCCGAGAGUUGCUAGCAGUCGUAGAGUUCACAUCACAUUUCCGCCAGUACCUCCUGGGGCGGUCAUUCACGGUCCGUACCGACCACAGCAGUCUCCGCUGGCUGACCAAGAUGAGGGAGCCUGAGGGCCAGCUGGCUAGGUGGCUCGAGAGACUUGGUGAAUAUGACUUCAACAUCGUCCAUCGCCCGGGCCGGCUGCAUUCUAAUGCAGACAGUCUCUCCCGUCCACCCUGUAGGCAGUCAUGCCCAUGUCAACUGCCAGGCCCAUCUCUCUAUCCAAGAAACGUCUGCCACCAGGCCGUACAGUGCGACCUGGACUCCGCACAAAUCCAAACAGUGCAAACGCCAGUGGGGGUGGGCAGGCAUGUAACUGUCAGGGCGAGUGCAGUGGGGGUAGACGCAACAUCUCCCGACACCCCCCAAUUCGGUGGUUGGUCCGCCCAAGAGUUACAAGCCGCGCAGGAGUUUGACCCAGACAUAUCUCCUAUCAAGGCAUGGCUGGAGGCUGGUGGAGAACGGCCUCCAUGGACAACCAUCUCAGCACAUAGCCCAGCCGCUAAAGCCUACUGGAGUCAGUGGAGGCGCCUUUUUGUCCGAGGUGGCAUCCUGUUUAGGCGGUUUUACUGUUUGGACGGUGCCCAGUUCUAUCCUCAAGUGAUACUACCACGAGUAUUCUGGUCGGAUGUCAAGAGACAGAUGCAUGAAGGGCCUGUUGGUGGACACUUUGGAACAGAGCGCAUGGUGACGCGACUUCAGACACGAUACUACUGGUACCAGAUGCGGGCAGAUGUCAGCCUCUGGUGUCUGACUUGCAAAAGCUGUGGAUCCAAAGCAAGGGCCCGUAAAACACCCCAGGCUCCCAUGGGAACUGUCAGAGUCGGAGCCCCGAUGGAGCGGGUAGCUCUGGACAUCAUGGGGCCGCUGAAUGAAACGGAGCGCCGAAACAGCUAUGUGCUCGUGAUCCAGGAUUAUUUUACGAAAUGGGUGGAGGCUUUCCCUCUGCCCAAUGAAAAAGCAGAGACUGUUGCCGAAGUACUAGCCUCCCAGUGGGUGUGCCGCUUUGGCGCCCCCCAUACUAUCCACAGCGACCAAGGCAGAAAUUUCGAAUCUGAAGUGUUCCAGAAGAUGUGCGCUCUGUUUGGGGUUGAGAAGACGCGAACCACCCCAUUCCGACCACAGUCGGAUGGCCAAGUGGAGCGUUUCAACUCCACCCUACAGAAGAUCCUAGCCACAACUGCCGAGCGUUGCCACUGGGAUUGGGAUCUGAUGAUUCCUUACGCAGUCAUGGCCUACAGGGCCACCAGGCACAGUGCAACCGGACUUACCCCAAAUUUCAUGAUGUUUGGCCGGGAGGUGUGUGAGCCGGCCGACCUGGUGACCGGCCUCCCUCCUGACCCAGAAGAUGCUCCCACUGCCCCUGAGUAUGUCCAGCGUCUCCGUGAGCGACUGGAGCUGGCACACCAGAUAGCUAGGGAUGCACUUGGGGAGUCAGUAGAGCGUGCAAAGAGACAAUAUGACAAAAACUGCUGCCGCACUCAAUAUUGCAUUGGAGACGCCGUGUGGUACCUCAUAAAGGGCACACGGAGAGUCAAGAACAAGGUCAGGAAGUUCCUUCCGUCCUAUGAAGGACCUUACUUCGUCCUGGGACAGCUGGACGACCUAGUGUAUCGCAUCCAGAAAAGUCCAAAGACCAAAGUGAAAGUGGUUCACCACGAUCAGCUAAAGGCCUACCGGAGUCGUGAUCCACUGGAUAACGCUUGGGUCAUGGAGCAGGCCCAGGCAUGGACGCCGGUAGAGGUUCCCCCUCCGCCUGUGGCCACAGACUCUGUGGCGCUGGACCUCACUGACCUGUUCUCCAGCGGGGACCAGGAGUCAGUCCUGGGUACAGCGGGAGACGACUCUGCGGCGGCCGGUUCGCUUCCUCCUACCGGCUCACCAGAGGACGACGCUGCAGAUAGUGGGGGUGAGGCCGGAUUGCUUCCUCCUACCGGCUCAUCAGAGGACGACGCUGCAGAUAGUGGGGGUGAGGCCACGGCGCAGCUGCCGGAACAGCGCUCUCAAAGGCUGAGGCGCCGACGAAGAUCUCCAGUCAGGUUUGGAGAAUGGGUUGACUAGAAAGAAAGCCGUUGUGAACCAGGGCAGAAUAAAACCCUACACGGCUUGGGGACCCGGGUAGUCCACCCCGACCCCUAGAUAAGAAAAGUACAUGAAGGACUGAAUAAAAAGAAAAAGAGACAGAGACUUUUAAGAAAAAAAAAUGUUGCUGUUGACAAUUUUCAUUGUUCACUUUUCAUUGAUGUGUUUAUGCUCCGGUUGCCUAGGUAGUGUGGGGACUGUGUAUUGCUGCUAGGUCGACGUGCAUUAUUACUUAAGUGGUAACUGUAAUGCCCUCAUUUAUUAUGUGCCUUGCCAGGACUUUGCCUCAUGACAUUUUGCCAGAAAUGGUUUGCUAUGUCUUUUGAUUUGUAUGAAGUAAUGAGAACUGAAAUGUUAUGCUACUGUACUGGAUUAGAAUUUUGAGUAAUUGCUAUCCAGAGUGGGGGUAGUGUUGUAAGAUAUGCCAUGGGAGGCGUUGUGCGCAUGCGCGGGCGGGGCUUGAGUGAAUAGGAAGGCGAAGCGAGAGGGAGAAGUUUUGUAUGCAGUCAGGGCGGCAAUCGGAGCGGUUGUGUUACGUUGUGCUGGUACAAUAAACCGGUUAAAAAGGAGCCUCAUGAAGUUACCCUCCCCGUGUGUUUAUACUUGUAACGGUAGGGAGUUAACCCCGAA